AGGUAAGAGGUUUUACUAGGGCUUUAGUAAAAAGAAACGGAGAUUGGGGAACACGAAAGAAGGUGAAGAAAAUUGAUGAACACGUUAAUUAGGUGAACAAAACAAAAAGGGGUUUGUUGAAGUUGCAGAGAAGUUCAAAGCACACGACAAUGGCGAACAUUUUGAAAUCCAAUGCAGGAAGAAUCGCACUUCGUUCUAUCACUCAAUCCUUGACGGCGGCGUCCACCGCAACUACCAACCACUCCUCUUCACUCCCCUCUCGACUCUCCUCCGUUCGAUUUCUUCGCAGCGGUCGAGAUCCUGUCUCAAGGAAUUAUGAAAUUACUCCUCCGUUGAAUUGGGGGGUUCGUAUUGUGCCGGAGAAGAAAGCGUUUGUUAUUGAGCGAUUUGGAAAAUACGUUAAGACUCUUCCUUCUGGAAUCCAUUUUUUGGUCCCUCUUGUUGAUAGAAUUGCUUAUGUUCAUUCGCUAAAGGAAGAAGCUAUCAGUAUUCCUGAUCAGUCUGCUAUCACCAAGGAUAAUGUCACCAUUCUAAUUGAUGGUGUGCUUUAUGUUAAGAUUGUGGAUCCUAAACUUGCUUCUUAUGGGGUUGAGAAUCCCCUUUAUGCCGUCAUUCAGCUGGCUCAAACCACAAUGCGUAGUGAACUUGGUAAGAUUACUCUCGACAAGACCUUUGCGGAAAGGGACACGCUUAAUGAAAAGAUUGUGGAGUCCAUUAAUGUGGCUGCCCAAAGUUGGGGUCUUGAGUGCCUUCGAUAUGAAAUAAGGGAUAUCUCUCCUCCACGUGGAGUGAAAGCAGCUAUGGAGAUGCAAGCAGAAGCAGAACGGAAAAAGAGAGCUCAAAUUCUUGAGUCUGAAGGAGAAAGGCAGGCUCAUGUAAACAGAGCUGAAGGAAAGAAGAUGUCAGUGAUCUUGGCAUCAGAAGCAGCUAUGGAGGAUCAAGUUAACAGAGCUAGAGGUGAGGCUGAUGCCAUCAUUGCCAAAGCAAGAGCUACAGCUGAAGGACUUAAUCUUGUGUCACUAGCCCUAAAAGAAAAUGGAGGACCAGAGGCAGCAAGUUUAAGGAUAGCCGAGCAAUAUAUUCAUGCUUUCGGUAAAAUAGCCAAGGAGGGCACCACAAUGUUGCUUCCUAGCUCUGCAUCGAAUCCUGCUAACAUGAUGGCUCAAGCCCUUACCAUGUAUAAAAGCCUGCUUGGUAAUGUUCCCAGUAAUACGCACAGUGGGACCGCACCCCUUCCACUAGAAGGGAAAAAAGAAGGAAAUCAUUCAUCUGGCGAGGUUAAUGAGAACUCAACAACCCUUUCUACAACUAGAGGAACCCCAGCUCAUCCUGGAACAUCUGGGUUUUCACUUCAGAGCCCGCCCUCCAAAUAGGGAGUAGUAUUUGAUUAUACUGAACUUGCCAUUCUGAUGAAUUCAUUUGUUUUUUAGCGUAUGAAUGUUAUUGUGAAAUUGAGUUCAGAGUUCGGAGAGAGAGAGAGAGGUAGAAGAGUUUGACGGGACUUUAUUUUGUAUUGCUAGUGGUUACAUUGAUUCCAGGAUACACAUAGUUUAUAAUUAGACAGUAGACAUUAAAUAUAUCUUUCUUCCUAACUGGAAAAUUUGUGGAGUAAGAAAUGAUUCUAGUA